CUGAUGGUUUGUGUGUCAGGAGCACAUGAGCCUCUGCACUUUUGGUCAGCUCGGAGCUUUCCCUGGGACAUCCCUGGAAGAGUUAUCCCAACACACACGCCCCUAGAGAUGUGAUCGUGGUACAGCCCAGAGAAUUCCUCCUUGAGAAGCCGAGGGAUCACUGUUUGCAGGAGCUGCUCUGGAGUUGGAUGUGCCCCAGCAGCAGGGUCUGACCCCAGCCAGGCAAGGAAGGGGAGAUACAUCUCUAACUCCAGCCUGUGUCCAGAAGGAAGAGGAAAGGAACUGACACACAGGACCUUUCCAAACAGGACAGGAGAUGUCCUCAUCAGUGCAGCUCUUCAGAGAUCAGAGGUACCACGAGCUGAAGGGGCAGUGCCUCCAGCAGGGGAUCCUCUUUGAGGACCCCGAGUUUCCAGCCUCGGAUGAAUCCCUGUACUACGACUCAGCAGCAAAAGGGAAAGUGGAAUGGAAGCGGCCAAAGGACCUCUGUGACGAUCCCCACCUGCUUGUGGAUGGAAUGAGCUCCCAUGACUUCCACCAGGGCAAGCUGGGGAAUUGCUGGUUUGUGGCUGCGUGCUCCUGCCUGGCUUUGAGGAAGAGCCUCUGGCAGCAGGUGAUUCCAGACUACAGUGAGCAGGAGUGGGACCCCAAAAGCCCAAGGAAGUACGCUGGGAUUUUCCGUUUCCGCUUCUGGCGCUUUGGAGAGUGGACAGAGGUGGUGGUGGAUGAUCUGCUGCCCACUGAGAAUGGCAGGCUCAUCUACUGCCAUUCCAAUGUGAGGAAUGAAUUCUGGAGUGCUCUGCUGGAGAAAGCUUAUGCUAAGCUGGCUGGAUCCUACCAAGCCCUGGAUGGAGGCUGUGCUGCAGAAGCCCUGGUGGAUUUCACUGGAGCAGUGGCAGAAUCCAUCAAUUUGGAGGAGGGCAAAUAUGGUGAGCUUAUUCCUGAGCAGAUGAAGCUGUUUGAAGACUUGAUGAAAGUGCAUAAAAGAGGAGGGUUCAUCAGCUGCUCCAUUUCGGAGUCCCCUGGGCGGCCCAGCGAGGCAGAGACAGAGAAGGGGCUGAUCGUGGGCCAUGCCUACUCCGUGACUGCCAUCAGGAAGCUGCGCCUCGGGGAGACCAUGGUGCUCUCCUUCAAGGCACAAAAGCUGUUCAUGAUCAGGCUGAGGAACCCCUGGGGCAAGAAGGAGUGGCAUGGUGCUUGGAGUGACAGCUCUGAAGAGUGGAAGAAAGUCAGUGAUUCUGAGCGCAAGAAUUUGGGGCUCACUGUUGAGAACGAUGGAGAGUUCUGGAUGACGUUUGAGGACUGGUGUAAGAAUUUCACAGAUGUGGACAUCUGCAGGACUGUGAACACCUCCUGCUUCAGCCUCCACAAGACUUGGGAGAAGGAAAUGAUGUAUGGGGCUUGGGCAAAGCAUCCAGAGCCCCUGCUGAACCGAUCUGGGGGCUGCUUUGAUAACAGAGAGACCUUCCUGCAGAACCCCCAGUACCUCUUUGAUGUUAAGAAGGCCCAGGACAAAGUGCUGGUGUCCUUACAGCAGGAGGAUCGCCGCAAGUACAAGAAAGAAGGCAAAGGAGACAACAUCACCAUUGGCUUUGAAAUCCUCAAGGUGGAGGACAACAGGAGGUACAGGCUGCACAAGCUGACGGUGCAGGAGAGAGUGGCCACGUCUCCCUACUCCAACACUCGCAGCGUGUUCCUGAGGAGGACCCUGCAGCAAGGCCGCUACGUCCUGGUCCCCACCACCUACAUCCCAGGUGUCCCCACAAAAUUCAUCCUCAGGCUCUACACAGAUGUGCCCUCAAAACUCAGGGAGCUGAAGGAAGAUAGGCCUAAAAUGACGUGUUGGAGUCUUCUUUGUGGCUACCCACGCAGAGUCACCCAAAUCAAAGUCCACUCUGCAGAGGGUUUGCAGAAACAAGACAGAUCAGGAGGGGCAGAUCCCUACGUGCUCAUCAAGUGUGAGAACCAGAGCCGGCGCUCCGCGGUGCAGCACGACACCACCAGCCCCGUGUUCAACACCCAGGUGAUCUUCUACAGGAAGGACAUCGACAGUCCUGUCACCAUCCAGGUGUGGAACAGCAGCCUCCUGAGGGACCAGCUCCUGGGGCAGGCGGUGCUGGCAGCGUCCCCCGGCGAGCCCCGCCAGCAGCAGCGGCUGAAGCUGCGGGGCAGGGGCGGCGGGGAAGCGGCCGAGGUGCCGGGGCACAUCAGCGUCACCGUGCUGAGCAGCGAUGACCUGGGCGAGCUCUGAGCGCCGCGGAGCUGCUGUCACCGCCGGGCAGCGCAUCAGCAUAAUCGCGAUAAAGGGGGGAAAGAAAAGCCCUCCGUUGGGAAAGGGGGAAUAUUAAUAUAUAUAUUACUAUUAUAUUAAUACAUAUCUAUGAUAUGUAUUAAUAUAAUAUUAAUAUAAUAUUAAUAUAAUAUAUAUAUUAAUAUAUAUAUUAAUACAUAUCUAUGAUACAGCCCAUGCAGUAGGAGAGUGUCGCAGUAGGACACAAAACAAAACUACGUGGACCAGCAAGGGAAGAGGAAGGGUGGUUUAUUUCUGGACUCUAACAUUUAUAGACUUUCAAAAGUGACAGUGCAUUGGAGGAUGAAAGUGCCACUUCUCCAGUGACACUGGACAAACCAACAGUCCAUCAAAUUUCUCUUCCUCCAGAGAGGAAUGUAAAAACAAGAAUUAUUUACAUAAAAGUGCGUGAGAAACUCCAUUACAAGAAUGUAAACAUCAGAAGAACUUUGAAGAACAGGGUGACAGGAGAGGGGCCAAAUGGAAUACUGAGGUAAGCUUGUGAGGAUGGGAGCAUCCUUGAGGAUGCAGGCAGGAAUGGCUGCAGCUCCAUCAGGCACCCACCAGCAGCUUGGGGACUGGCAAAUACAAGGGGGAUUCGUGGGGAUGUUUUUCCAUAUUCUUCCCACAGAAGGAUACACAUUUAUUGAUUAAUUUCACUACAGAUUAGGUGUUUCUGUUCCUUGGUGAAAAUGUCACUACUUGAGGAGCUCAGUCAUAGCUCAUGGCCUUAAGACCAGUCUUGCCAGGACAACACUAAAAUAGAGGGGCAGAUCUUGCAGUGCCUGUUUGAACACCACAGCAAAUACCAACUUUGUCCACCCAAAGGCUCUCAGAUUGACUUUCUGAUAGUUCUCUUCUCCACCUUGAGCUGCUGACUCACAGUUUGAUAUUUCUAUCCAAGGGCACCUCACAGUUCAGCUGGGGCUUUGCUCAGAGCACAGAUUCAGUAAUGGGAGCCUCCUUGCUUUGUUUAAGCCACAUAAUGCUAAAAAUGAGAUAACAGCCCUCUUGUUUUGGUGGAUGUAGCACCAGCCCAAAAGAGGAGAAAAUGAGCUUAUGAGAAGGGUGGGUUUGUAAAAGCAGGGUGCUGUUCCCUGGCACUUGUCAGGUCUCACUCUCAAAGUUUUGCAGUCAUUUAUUGCUGGCACGCUGAUGUUUGCUGGAGUUUCACUCGGGUACCAUGGAGGAUGGGUGUAAUUUCACAUUUCCCUCACAGCAGGGCUCUGGUGCCAGCUCUCCCCUUCCCCUGCAGCCCUGGGCAGGGUUCCCUCAGCAGCUGUCUGGGGUGGGCACGCUGGGCAGUGAUCCUGGCAGUGCAGGGGCUCUGUGCCACACACUCAGAAAUGGAUUUUACACAGCUGCACAUUCCGGGUGGGAAAGUGAAGCUGAGGGACCAUUCUGCCUUUUCACAGCCAGGAAAUUUGGAUUUCUAAGCAGAAGGACCAUUCUGCCUUUUCACAGCCAGGAAAUUUGGAUUUCUGUGUGCCUCGUAGCCACUUCAGCCACACUGUGCGAUUUUUACAGUUUAUGAAAUGGCCCUUGACAGAGCUAAUGUUUUCACAAAAGGUCUCCUCAGGGCUGCAAAAGGAUCAUUGCUGUGGUAGGAAAAUGCUUUCUCUGACAUGCCAGAGAUGGUCUGCGGGGCUGUGAAUGAUGCUGCAGUGCCAUCAGCUUGCACGUACCAAGGACCAAAACCCAGCUCUUUUCAGACAGUUUGGGCUCAGGCCCUUUGGCACAGCAGAGAUCUUGUCAGAGGUGUGAACUACAGGCCCCACAGGCAGGUGACAUUCUCUGUGAGCUCAUGGCUGCAGGGCUGCUGACUCCAGAAAUGUUUGUAAACUGAGAUUUCUCUCUUUAAAAGCAUAAAAAAGCAUAAAGCAUAACUGUCUCGUGCAGACCAGAGCUUGGACGAGGGGAACUGCAAAGGUCAGGGCUGCCCUCGUCCUGCACUGAGAGCUGUUUGACGGGGGCUUGUGCUGCUGCCUGCUUUUAACAUUGGUACUUAAAAUUGUUAAUUUUGUAACAAUAUCAGCAUGUGGGAAAAUAUCUUGGGGUUGGUUUUUUGGGAGGGAAGAAGGGCUGCAUUUAUGUACACACUCGAACCACCUCAAAAACAAAAACAGGUGGGAAAGGGUGUAAAAUAUUUCAUUGCAACAUUUUGGAACUUUUCAAUACGAAGUGACCUAAAUAAAAUGUUACAAAAAUUUUCAA